GGUAUACACUACGUCUUCCCCCUGAAAUAGAUCUCAAUAUCCAAGAAGCGACCAUGGCUGCUGACGACGCCAAGAAGCCCGCAGUCCCAGCGCUGAAGAAGCAGGCCAGCGUGGGAAACAUCUCGGAGGAGAUCGAGGAUGACCUCAGCACACUGCCGAACAUGAAGCUGUCGCAGCUGCACUUCCUACUGCAGCACCAACACUCUUCUGCCUCGACGUUAACUCCUGAGGCUGCUGCCGCCGCUCAGACGCAGGUGCUGGAGAUUAUCAAGCAGAAUGAUAUGGCUCCCUUCUACCGCCUCGUGUGCAGCGAGUUCAACUGGCCUGUCGACGCAGCGCUCGAGGGUGACAUGGCCAACAAGAACGCUACGGAGCUUGCAGCUCUGGACGAGCGACUGGCCGAUGCUGAGCAGAAUUUGGGAGAUAUUGAAGUGCUCGAGGCGCUACUGGCCAAAGCGAGAAUGUACUCGCGCAUCGGAGACAAGGAGAAGGCGCUCGAGGCCUUCAAGGUGGCUGGAGAGAAGCCCCAGUCCAUCAACCAGAAGAUCCUCGUGGCACUGCACGUCAUCCGCAUUGGACUGUUCUUCUCCGAUCUGGAACUGGUGGAGACGUACAUUAAGAAGGCCACAGCACUCAUUGACGAGGGUGGAGACUGGGACCGUCGUAACCGUCUGAAAGUGUAUGAAGGCUGCUAUUUGCUGAUGGCGCGUGACUUUAAGAAGGCGUCCACGCUGUUCCAGGAGUCAGUGGCCACUUUCACAGCCACGGAGCUCAUGCCGUACAACACGAUGGUCUUCUACUGCGUCAUCACGUGCGUACUUAGCAUGAGUCGCGUGGACCUGAAGAAGAAGAUCGUGGACUCGCCCGAGAUUUUGGCAGUCAUCAACGAGAUCCCGUGCCUGACAGACUUUCUGAACGGUCUGUACGACUGCGACUACAAGAAAUUCUUCACGGCCAUGGUGGAGAUCCAGCCUUAUAUCCUGCGGGACAAGUAUCUGUCGACCCACUCGCGCUUCUUGUACCGCGAGCUGCGUGUGCUCGCCUACGCCCAGUUCCUGGAAGCCUAUCGCAGUGUGACUAUCGCCUCAAUGGCCGCUGCAUUUGGAGUGAGCGUUGAGUUCUUGGACACGGAGCUUGCACGAUUCAUCGCUGCCGGUCGAUUGAAUGCCAAAAUCGACAAGGUGGCUGGUGUUAUUGAGACCAAUCGCCCAGACGCCAAGAACGCGCAGUACCAGGACGCUAUCAAGAAGGGAGACUUGCUGCUUAACCGCAUUCAGAAGCUUGCGCGAGUAAUCAACGUCUAGAUAGCUCGACUCCGUUCAACUGUACUGUGUUGGUCGAUGCUAGAUCAGCUUCAUGAAGGAAUAAUGAAUGGGAACGCAGCUCAUUAACUACAUGG